UUAGUUAAAUAAUGAUUUUAAGUUAGAUUUACUUUGGAAGUAAAGCAUCAAGUGGAAGCAUUUUCUUUUAUUAUUUUCAUUGCCUUAAACAUUUGAGGAAAUAUAUACCUCAAACUUAAAUCAGCUUUAAUUUUUUGUUACUGACUGAUGAUUUUGUUUUCAUAAUGCAGAGUAUGAUUUCCUCCAUUGUAAACAGCACUUACUAUGCAAAUGUAUCAGCAGCAAAAUGUCAAGAAUUUGGAAGAUGGUAUAAACAUUUUAAGAAGACAAAAGAUAUGAUUGCUGAAAUGGAGACUAUGUCUGAACUGUCUGUUUCUCAGCAAGGGACAAAUCAUGUUAACUUUGGAUCACAAACAGUUCCUGGGAAUGGUACUGAACUGCCCCAGCCACCAUCACCUGCCCAGCUUCCGCAUAGUGGUCAGCCUGCUACCAGGCCCCAACUUUCCAAUUUGCAUCCUGGACUUGUUUCGGCACCUCUUAGCCCACAGCUGGUGAAUCAGCAGCUGGUUAUGGCCCAGAUAUUAAAUCAACAAUUUGCUGUAAACAGACUCUUGGCACAGCAAUCCCUAAAUCAGCAAUACCUGAACCACCCUCCUGUCAACCGGACCAUUAAUAAACCAUUAGAACAACAAACUUCAUCAAAUGCUGAAGUGUCUUCCGAAAUCUACCAGUGGGUUCGUGAUGAGUUGAAGCGAGCAGGCAUCUCCCAGGCUGUGUUUGCACGUGUGGCUUUUAAUCGAACUCAGGGUCUAUUGUCUGAAAUUCUCAGAAAAGAAGAGGACCCAAAGACCGCCUCACAAUCUUUGCUAGUCAACUUGAGGGCAAUGCAGAAUUUUCUAAACCUGCCAGAAGCAGAAAGGGACCGUAUUUACCAGGAUGAAAGGGAGAGAAGUCUCAAUGCAGCCUCAGGGAUUGGAACUACACCUUUGAUAAGUUCUCCUAACCGUACCCAACAGGUCAAAACGUCCUCCAUUACAACUGAAUGGAAUGGUAAAUCGGAAGGCUGUGCACUUAAUAUUAAUGCUUCCAUUUACGAUGAGAUUCAGCAGGAAAUGAAGAGGGCCAAAGUGUCCCAAGCAUUAUUUGCUAAGGUUGCAGCAACAAAGAGCCAGGGGUGGUUAUGUGAACUGCUACGUUGGAAAGAAGACCCCUCCCCAGAGAAUAGGACUCUUUGGGAAAACUUAUCAAUGAUCAGGAGGUUCUUGAGCCUUCCUCAGGCUGAGAGAGAUGCCAUUUAUGAGCAAGAAAGCAACAUGAUCCAUCACCAUGGAGACCGACCAUCCCACAUCCUUCAUGUUUCUGCAGAGCCAAUUCAGCAACAGCCAGCAGCACCCCGACUUGCACCUAAACAACCAACAUCAACACCAGCAGAAUCAGAAGAUGAGAGCCGGCAUAAGCCCAGAUCUCGCACUAAAAUUUCUGUCGAAGCCCUGGGGAUCUUACAGAGCUUUAUUCAAGAUGUGGGUUUGUACCCAGAUGAAGAAGCAAUUCAGACACUCUCAGCUCAACUUGACCUGCCCAAGUAUACCAUCAUAAAGUUUUUUCAAAACCAACGUUACCAUCUAAAGCAUCAUGGUAAGCUGAAGGACCAUGCAGGUUUGGAGGUGGAUGUGGCUGAGUAUGAAAAAGAGGAAUUGCUGGAAGACUCGGAGGACUCAGAGGAAAGCGAGGAAGGCAAAAGUUCAAAAGAAAUAUAUUCAGUUAAAGUGGAAGAGACAUUGUCUGGAGAAGGGACUACAAAUAACUUAGAUCCUGAUCAGGAACCAAAAGACUGACCCUGAUAUCAUAUGAACAUUUUCUUUUUGUAACUGUGCCACAGAUGUAUAAUUACAUGAAAACCCGUCUUGUUUCCUGCAUUAUUCAUCAGAAAGACCAAUUUGUCUUUACAAACUUGCACAAAUAAAUAUAAAGAGUCCCAGUAAAAGACUGAACAAAUCUCCUGUGGAUAAUGCAGACUGCACUAGAAGUUUUUCAUUUUUUCUUUCAAGCAAACAAGCAGCUACAUAUGAAGUAUUUGGGAUUGCCUUGAACAUUUUUUGUAACUGCUGUUUACUGAUUAAUGACAGUUUUUGUACGGCACAUCAACAGAGGAAACUGACACUGUAUGAUGUUUGACUGUAUUAGCUGUCAAACUUAAAAUGCUCAUUCAGAAGCUUUCCACAACUGAUCACAGGAUAGCCAGUUCUGAAUGGAUCAAACACUCCAGUUUCAAUUCUCCACCCAAACCAGUAUGUUUCUUGCAACUUAAAAGGAAAAUCUGGCCUUUUCAAAAUUAACAAAAUUACAAAUGAGAAUACUUUGUGCUUAGCUAUAUAUUGUUAAAGUUGCAAAAAAAAUGAAGAAACUGCUCGCUGUAAAACGCAGCGUUAAUGGAAAAUAUGCCAAUAAUUGCCUUGUGUAAUAUGGCACUGCCAUCAUUCAAUUAUUCUGCAAGAGAGCAAUCACUGUAACUUUGAGUCUUGUCAUUACCUGAUUUUAAAAUGUGAAACACAAUUUUUUUUUAAACUUUGUGUAGUCUAGAUUAUUUAUUUUCAGAAAAGUUAGCCUCAUGAUGUAAUUAAUUUUUUGAAUUUUCUGUUACAUGUAACAUAGUGCUUUUUCAUACUGACUUUUUCUAUUUAUAAAUGUAUUUUGAUGGGCAGUGAUACAAAGUGUCUUAAAAGUUUCAAUUGAAAAAUUGUGCUUUAAAAUUUGCCUAAAAACUGCUGUAUGUUAUCAAAGCAAUUCAUACCAUGGGCUUCACUCUUUAUGGUGUAUGCAAUUUUCUAUAUUAAUGUUAAACCAUCAUGCAAAUGAAUAUAGGUCAAUAAAAAAUAAAAUACAUUAGAUAACUUAUAAACUUCACAGAAAAAUAGAUGUGUUGCAAUGUGUCUUCCUUCAGUUUACAAUGGAUUGAAGCUUUUUUCAGUAUAAAUUUCUGUAUGAAGAUCACAAGUGUACCUGUUUUUCUGAGUUAUAUUGCAAUGUGGAACUAUGAGAUCACAAAUUAUUUUGUUAAACCUGACCAUGUUAGACUUUUUUUUAAAGCAUCACAGGUUUUCUUUAUGCAAAAAUGUUCAAAUGGGGAUGGUUAUUAAUUGUUAAUCGCACAAUUAAACUAUCUUUGUAUAAUA